AUGGAUAUUCAGGAGGUUGUCAGGCUUAUUAAUUCGCUUUAUUCCGGAUCUUCCAGUACAAUUCUUCAUAGUGUCCAACAGAAAUUGCAGAAGAUUCAGAGGUCUGAAGAAGGGGCUCAACUUGCGGAUGAAUUGUUAAAGUUGGAGAAUGUUUCAGAUCAGGUGAAAUAUUUUGGUGCGUUAACAUAUAGAGUUCAGCUUACUACUAGGUCAUCUACUGAAGAACAGCUAUGGACAUUAUAUCAGGGUAAUUUAAUUCAUUUGACUAGAAUAAUUGUUAUAUUUCUAUCGAAUCCUGAAGGCAGCCAUGGGUUGAAUAUUACCAUUAGAAAGUUGAUGUCUAAUUUGGCUUUGGUAUUUACUAAUAUUAAUCGACUACAAGAUUCUACUCGUGCGAUACCUACUUGGCCUAAUCCAAUAAAUACGUUAGUGAGGUUACUUUCUUUAUGUGGACAGCAUAAUGUGAAUCGAUGGUAUGUCGGGAAUUCCGAGGUGUCAUCUGUUAUUGAAUCCGCGAUAACUGCUGAAGUACCGUACCAAGAACUCAUCAGAUUUAUCGAUUCUGAUCCGUGGUUAAAUAAAUUUAUCCUUGCUUUCACUAGAAUUAUAGUCGGGGAUAUGUUGAAAUACCAAUCAAAAGGCACUUAUUUAUCCCACGUAUAUGAAGUCGUUCAUGACCAUAUAUAUGUCUCUACUAUGGCACUAAUAAAUUACAACUUGGAGGCUAAAAUGUUACCGCAGGAUGCGACUACGAAUAAGUAUUCUGCAGAACUUUUUGAAUGUGUACGCGAAUGGAUUUCAUAUAUAUCUGAAGCCAAAAAGCAUUCUCCACAUGGGAAUAUGGAUCUAUCUGAGGCGUUUGAGAACCUAAUUCGAUUAAUGUGUACUAAUUUGGAUAAUCAAUUCCCUUAUUCACGGGAUAUUUUGGAAAUAUUGAGUGAUGUUUUUUCAUUCCGUAGUUCUGUUGUUACUCAAGAAAUAUUACAGGAGCUUGAAUCGAUUUUCCUAGGGGUUUCUUAUGUUGUAUCUUCACAAGCAAAAAAAACUACCUCAUUAGGUAGUCAUGAUUGGAUGCUUAGCUACAUGAAUGAACUAGUUACAAACGCAUUAUUUGACGAUUUACGUCAGGUUUCAGACUGUUUUGUAGAUUUCUUGCAGAUUUGUAUGUCAGGAAUUUGCAAUAGACUAUUUACCCAGCUUCACGCUAGCAAUACGGACCAGUCGCAACAAUAUGUUAAAUUUUUACUGCAAUUAACGAAUUUCCCUUUGGUGCCUGUAUUGGAAGAGUCUUAUUCAGUUAAAAUGGUUGAUUUUUGGUAUGAUUUAUGUGAGUCUUACGUACAGUUACCAUCGGAAAGCCUACUUCCUGAUAGUCAUGAUCUUGCUAUAGAGAUAUUCUCCCAGGUAGUACAGAUAUAUCUACCAAAAGCAAGUUUAAUCAACAAACAAAAGCUUCUUCAGGCGGAUUUAGAUGGCGAGAGUAAAGUCCAUGAGUUCGAUGACUUUAGAAGGGCUAUCGAAGUGCUUAUGCCAAUGUUGUGGUGUGUACUAGGGAAUUCUAAAUUAUCAAAUCAACUAAUCUUAGGAAUUAUCCAGAAACAACAGGAUGGAUCUUUGGAUUUAUUUCAAAUCGAAUGUAUGGCUUUCAUGUUGGAAAAUAUUAUUGUUGAUAUUAACUUACCGGAAACACCAUCCAUUUGCAAAGUCAUAUAUGAUUCUGAUUUCUUUCACAACUUGUUGUUCUUGCUAAAAGCUGGAUGCAUCCAGUCUCCAACUGAUAUUUCCUCCCAAAAGCUGAAGCUCGAGUAUGUUCGGACCGCAACAAAUUUGCUUAGUGUAACAUCUAAGUAUUUCCAUGUUGAUCAGAAAGACCUAGGUCAUGUCAUUGAAACGUUAUUCAAUUGUCUUGAAAAUUCUCGAAAAUUCAAUGAUACUGCAAGUUCAGAGGAAAUUGAAAUACUGCUUAUCAAGACCAUUACAAUACUUUGUAAAAACUGCCGUGAGCAACUAUUACCAUUCUUAGAAAUAUUCAUUCAAGUCACCCAGGCCAUGAUGUACCAUUCUUCACCAGCCAGCAACUUUAUUAGAGAAAAACUUGUUCGUUCUAUAGCCUACAUUAUACAAGCCUCAGCGAAACAAGGUGCAGAGAUUCAGGGUAAGUAUAUAGAUAAUAUGGUGACUAUGAUUGGAUCUUCUGUGCAUGACAGUGACAGAGAUAAUAAUCUCUUUCUUCUAACCUCUAUCAGCGAGUUAGGCUCCGGGCUUAUUCAGGAGUACGAUGACCCGUCUGUAACACAGUACUUUGACGCCGACCCUCUGAAUUUACGACCCAAGGUCUUGAAUAUCGUCGAAUCUCGCUGUAAAAAAUACCCUACAGAUCCAGCUUUUAUAGAAGUCGGUUGUCUUAUCUUAGGCAAAACGCUUUCCAUCGACGACUCUGACCCGCAUUUCCUUAAAUUCUCUAUGAGCGAAAUUAUGAACUUUGCACUAGCUAGAGCUAAUACUUGCAAUCUAUCCACUGGGCUACCUUAUCUCGUCUACCUUCUCGAGAGGCUGAUAACCCACUACAAAGCUACUUUAACCCGAGCCCAAUUCGACUAUAUAUUCUCCAACUUCUUCAUUCAGCAUUACGAAACCGCUAUAGCUUCGGAUCCAGACUUAAUCGAAAGCAUGAUAGGUUUCAUCAACAAAACCAUGGACGCGAGGCCUGCUCUUGUUGUCAAUUCUUCAUAUUGGGACGCAUUCAUCCUUCCACAGUUCCUGCGCUAUUUAAGAGCCAAGGAACACUUCACAAUCUCCGCAGUUACCAAGUUUUGGACCAAAACCGUCAAACUAAAACAGCAAUCCCGUGACGGCGGGCUCGCAUCGGCAAAAUUAAUAACUAGCAUUGGCGAUCAGCUUGUCGCCACUACAAUGUAUGGACUGCUCCAUACACACAGAUCCGAAGUCUUUUACUACGCUGAAAUCAUCCGCGCUCUAGUCGCAAACCAUCCACUAAACACUAAAGCUUGGCUCACCGCUGUUCUGCCUUCCCUAUGUGACAACCCAACAGCUCAUUCUAGAUUGCUGGCCAGUCUCUUCCUCACACGAGGCUCCAUCGCCGCUAAUGAUACCAUCCGUGGAUGGUGGUUGCAAUGCAACAACCUUCCUAGAAUGGAUUAA